AGCUGCUUUGGUUCAGCGUAUAGUUUUUCAGUUCGCUUGCCUCUGCAAUGGAAGCUUUGUUGGACAGGGGCGAUUGCUUUUUGUGCGGCCAAGCCCAGGUGCUUGGUCGUCUUCUCGAUGUGUCCAGCGAGUUCCGGUGCAGCGGCUGCAUCGAUAAGCACGACAUGACACCCUCUGCUAACUGGACCACCAGUGUGGCGAAGCAAAGGCAAAUGGCGGCACCUACAAAUUGGUGGGCAUGUCAGAAGCCACCAUUGCAUUUGGCCGACGUCUCUGAAGGACUCUUGGAAUUCCAGCGUGUGUCCUUCAUGGGUGCAGGAAGCUGUGGCAGCACGGAAAAUGUUCUGGUAGUUACGGACCCGUUCCACAAUUUCUUCUCUGGCCAUGGCGCCGAAAUGUGGGCCGCGUCCUUGACUCUUUCGGAGCAUAUUCUCACAUGGCCGUUGACAUUUGGCCUACGUGCUGUUGAGUUGGGGGCUGGUUGUGGUCUCCCUGGCCUGGUAUUGGCCAGGCGAGGGUUUCACGUCACCCUCACAGACGUGCCGUGGUUGGUACCCCUGGCGCAGUACAACAUCGAGGCAAAUUGCUCUGGCAAGGACCUUGUCCAGGCGGCAGCACUGCGUUGGGGCAAUGUCUCCGACGUCAGGGACGUCCUGGCCGUUGUGGGAGGUCCUCCAGACAUCGUGCUGGCAUCCGAUGUGAUCUACCGCGAAGAUGAUCUGCAUAUCAUCUUGGAUACACUUUUCGCGUUGCAGUGCCGCGAAGCCGUGUUCGCCAUACGACAGCGUGAUCGCAUGAUCGAGAAGUUUCUUCAUGUGGUGCAAGAGCGCGCUUUGCAUGCUCGCAUAGCGUCAGUGGACUACAGUAAGGAUGCUAGUUUCCCGAUUGUGAUACUAGAGCUAUCUUUCGCUGGCCUGGCACAGUGUCCUAGCAACUCCGUGUCGAACUGUUGCUUUUAAGACUAUACUUGCUCGUACAGUCUGCCUUGUCAUGCACAAGGCAAGCAGUAGGGCGCAGCGCUGGUAUCGGCGAGUCGCAGGAAUCCGAAGUCUUGCACGUAUAGCCCCUAAUCGCCCUAUCCGAGGGCCCCAGCGUGGGCCGCCAGUUCAAGCUGCAGAGUAAGUAGGAGACGGCCGUUUGGGCAUACACAGCUAUUACACAUUUUAAGCAAGACUGCUCCCACGAGAAGCGUCUACAGGAACAUCGCAGGUCGAUGCCACAGAUACGUGUAUAUUUUCAGAGACUCGCACGCAGUGGUCAAGCACGCACGGUCCUUCGCUUCACUUAUGCGACCCGCAAGGUGGUGGCCCGUCCCUUGUGCCCGAUCGUGCUAGUGCACAUUCAAGUUUCAAUUCAGCGGCAGUGCUGGCAACACGCGUGCUAGUGCGUCACUUUUCAAUCAUGUGCGCAUGCUGUGUUGAGAUGCGGCCAAACGCCAUGUUUGAUCUCACCAAAGUUUAAGGUACGGCAAAUUCCUUAUCUGGCUUGGGCUGGGCGUGGUUGGAGGCCUCUGUGAUGUGAUGUCCCGUCUCGGCGUGACCCCUUGCGGCCUUGUGCCCUCCCAGGAGAGUAGGUGGCGGAUUCUGCCUGAUCGCGUACAAGACCGCUCCAUGUGCAGAUGACCCAGCUCCGCCCGACAUUUUAUUGUUUCAAGCCGAAUUCCGCGACCGUGAUGUUGUGGAGUAGUUUUCAAGGCACGAGUUGUUUCCCCCACGGUUGUAUACCACAAGGCCCAAUCUUACACAUCGCACUUCCAGGGACUUGCGGCGUGGCUUGGGCCGACGCGCACCUGUGCCUUCAGCGGCACGCGAUGGCGUUGCGGGAGGAGCCCGAAGCGGCCCCCGCAACGCGGGAGCGGCCCUGCAGACGCCGCGACGAGGCCGAUGCUCAUGGCGCGCGCCGCCCAGCAUGGAGAAAAAAAGGCCAA